GGCAGCCAUCGCGUUGCAAUGAAAGGGGCGAUCACCUCCCUUAGGUACUUUGAACAACGUAGCCCUUUCCCAUUUCUUUUCCAGUCUAAAGCCUGAGGAAAGGUCCUCCCUGAUGACAUGACGCCACCCCCCUACGUCGCUGCCCAAGAGCCAGGCUGUUAUCGUCUGACGGAGUGUUGGCUUCCAGUCGUGGGAAAGCACCACAUUGAGAGACGGCGACACCGAACUAUUCUAGCUUGCACUCUGCGCCAAAGUGCAUUUCCUCCUACAACCGUCAACGCCAGGUCGACACUCCUCUCCAAUAGUCUCUCGGUAUCACUUCUCUGUAUACGUUAUCCAGGAUAUCUGUCUCUCCAACUCUUCUCCCAUCUCAGUCAUCAGCUCCACCAUGAAGCUCGCUACGGUCGGUCUCCUCUCGUUCGCGCAGAGCAUCGUCCUCGGCAGUCCAUCCCCCUCCUCAACUCCAGUCCGUCGCGAUGUUGACCUCCAAUGGACGGUCCAAGCAGUUCCCAACGGCCCAUUUAUCCACGUGAACGGUACCAUUGAGCAGGUUUACGACCACGUUCUCAAGAUCAACCCGUCCUUCGACAAGGAAUUCGUGCCUGGGCAUCUCCCGGACGAAGACCCCUGGUCCCCCCCACUUCAAGCACCCUUCUAGGAUGAGGUCAACUUUGAGGGCAAGAGGACUGAGUGUGGUGAACCACUGAGAUACGCACCGAGGCGACAUAUCAGGACUGGAAUCGAGUAUCUUCGGAGACUUCCGUUCGAGGUGCCCGAGCUUGCACCUGGUACCUGUGGUCGUGUCAGCUGUGCGUGGGACUCGGCCAUCAAAUGGUGCAAUAAUAUCCAGCGUGUACAGCGUCUCAAGUCUAUGAAGACCCUGGCUGACGGUGCGGAACACCUUGCCCAGAUGUGCGUCAGGCCCGGGCUCAACACACUGGUAAAGGACGCAUCGGCAUUGGACAGGGUAUCGGGA